CUUCACUGGCAUACCACAUCAGCUACGAGUUGCUUGUGUCGACAUGUCGAUGCUCAGGCCCAGGAAGCGCAGUCCCCCGCCCGAGACAAGUCUGACAUCUAGAACGAGUUCUUACCACUCAGCCGUCACACUGUUUGAGCUGCCUACUUCUCAUGAAACGCCAAAAGGUACAGAGGCCCUGUGCUCUUCAAGACGGUCCAAACGCCUCAGAACUGAGGCACCUUCGGUGGUCGGAGAUGACAGCGUCGAGGACGCGGCGGCCACGAAACAGGAAUCGAAUGAGGCAGGAGCUGGUGCAAUACUGUCGAGCAGUUCAGGACCAAGCAAGAGUCGCAGAACAGCUAGAGAUGCGUCGUCCCCCCGCAAGAGGUCGAGAGCAAUCCCUCGGGACCUAGGACUCAUCACCUCCCCGGCGCGAUGGCGUGAAGUAUACGUCAAAAUCCAAGAGAUGCGUUCAGGCGUUGUAGCUCCGGUUGAUACCAUGGGUGCUGGCGCCGCGCAGUUAGGGGAAACCAUUCCCAAGAAUCAACGUUUUGCGACGCUGGUGUCGCUGAUGCUCUCCUCCCAAACGAAGGAUGAAGUCACAUCAGCGGCUGUCCGCAAGUUGCGCGAGGCAGUCGGCGGAAGCUUGAGCGUCGAUGCUGUUCUUGCGACAAAUGACGAUGCCGUUUCAGAGGCGAUAUGCAAAGUCGGAUUUUGGCGUCGCAAAACGGACUACAUCAAGCGCACAGCACGACGCUUACAAGACGAAUAUGACGGCGACAUCCCCAAAACUGUCGACGAACUGUGCUCAUUACCUGGGGUCGGUCCGAAGGUGGCGAUCAUUGCACUCCAUGUCGGGUGGAAAAUAAAUGCGGGAGUAGGUGUGGACGUACAUGUUCAUCGCGUGACAAAUAGGCUUGGCUGGCAUGACCGUCCUACGAAGACGCCAGAGGAGACACGAUCGAACCUGGAGGGUUGGCUUCCAGAGGAUCUGCGCCCGACGUUCACGAAACUAUUCGUAGGUUUCGGCCAGACCAUAUGUCUUCCAGUACGACCACGGUGCGAAUCUUGUGGUCUCAAUGACGGUCUCUGCCCUACUGGGUCGACAGCAAUGUCUCGGCUCGAAGGUUCGGGUGCGGCAAUGAAAGGGGAGUCGUCUCCAGGUCCAUUGCUCAACGUAGAGGUGCAGGAAGAAGUCGACGUCAGAUAGAAGGCGGCGCGGAAACAGCCCUUCAUGGCACGCAAAGAAGAGGACAUGCCGGUCUAGCGGUCUCCCUGCGACUCGGACAGUGGCAAGGAACUGGCACAGUAUUUCCGUCGACUGUUGGCACACGCGAAUGCAGGAUGACGCCCUCCCGAUCAUGCUCAUGACGCGGGACAUCUUACCAUUGGCAUUGUGCUGCCAUCGUUCUGCCAGUGAUUCGUGUGCAGUGUUGUAGUAGCCAUUAAAUGACAGAAUAUCGUCAAAAAGGCGACGAUAGGGAAAUGUCU